UCGAACCGCAUUCCAGUAACGCAGAACAAUUUUUACACGUUCGUGUGAACUUGACCGGAGCUCUGUAUAGACACACACAUCCAAGAACGAUUUGCAGACCUUAUUUUUUUAUUCAAUGUCACGGACAUAAUAACACAAAGUAAUAAGUUGUGCAUCAAGGCAGUAAUUGUCCGUUUGAACUCAAUGGACAAUAAAUCUUCAAUGUACAGUAACCAACAAUUAAAUUCAAGAUCAAUAGAACAGUUGCCAUAAAUACCGUAAUAUCAAGUCGCAGUCUUGCUAUUUGAAGGCCCUGUCAUUUAUAGAUUUAAAAAUAUAAGGGCGUAAACUUGGACCAAGUUGUGCAAUUACGAUUUUGUGCCCGCCUCGGCAUUUUAGCAAUGGCUUUAACGACAGACAACAUCUCUGCUAAUGGCACUAACGGAGAUUUGUACGACAUUUUUUAUAUCAGGUGGACAUAUUUUUUGUUCACUAUAUGUAUUUUCAUCGCCGCAGUUGGUGUGUUUGGUAAUGGAUUGGUAAUAUACGUCAUCCUGCGAUUUGCUCGUAUGCAGACCGUCACUAAUUGUUACAUUUUAAACCUUGCUAUUGCUGACGAAAUUUUUGUUCUUGUCUUGCCAAUAUUUGGUGUCAGUUUAUUAAAAGAUGCUUGGGAAUUUGGUACUGUCACUUGUUUCAUAAUCAUGUCAAUCGACAUUUUCAACCAAUUCACGAGUGUGUAUACACUGACUGCGAUGAGCGUGGAUCGCUACAUUGCCGUCUGCCAUCCAGCUCAAGCCGGACGAUAUAGAAGAUUUCCAAUUGUUGUUGGUAUUUGCAUCGGAAUUUGGAUUAUAUCAGUGUGUUCUGUACUACCAAUGAUCAUACACAUAAAACACGAUACCUCAGGUUGUUAUUUUGAUUUCACACGAUUCGGCAACACAGAAACAUGGACAAUGGCUAUGUAUCUAUAUACGCUAUCAUUGGGAUUAUUAAUACCCCUUGUGGUCAUCAUGGUUAGUUACAUAUUGCUACUUGUGAGGCUGAAGCAAGUCACCGCUCGCACAGGAAAAAGCAAAAAGAACAGAAAGGUCACCAAUAUGGUGAUGAUCAUAGUUGUUGUAUUUGUAUUGUGUUGGUCGCCGUUUUAUAUACUGCGUGCAUUUAUAGCGUUUCAAUAUCAAAGUUUAACAAGUGAUUAUAAACUCUUCAAAAUUCUCUUAGAUGGUACAAUGAUACUCAGUUACAUCAAUAGCUGCGCCAAUCCAAUCCUCUACGGCUUCCUCAGUGAUAAUUUCCGGAAGAGUUAUCAACAUGCUAGGCCUUGCGCUAAGAAUGAUCAAGCGGAUAUUUCCGUUAAUGAUAGUUACAUCCGUAAGAAGUACAAAUCAGUUACAACCUGUCCGCGCUUGAGAAGUCGCCGUGGCAAUCGGGACGAACUGGAAGAUUCUGCCCAGCGCGGGAAUAAUUACCGUUUGGCUCCUAUGACUAUGAUGACCUCAACAACCUGCGCUGGCAGUCCAUAUUCCAGAGUACCUAAAGAGGAUAUAUAGGCCUAUCACUGAAAUGUGUGAUUAUCCUACGCGUUGACAAUUGCAUUGUCUUUAGCGUAAACAUACUGUAUUAUUUACCUGACAAUGUCUUAUCAACCGUGCAUUCUACGAAUAAAACGUACAGUAUAUUUUUCAUCAAGUUACUGUUCUUUCGUUUGCCUUGAUCUCAUCCAAACUUGAAUCCUGUAACUUUAGGUCAAUUGGUUCUCGGCCACUGACAACUAACAUCUUCAGAACUUCAGAACGCUGCUUGCAUUGUCAUACUUUUUAACCGAAUUUCAAAUAUAUAUCACAUUAUUCAAACAUCUUUACUUUGUCACACAGUUAACAAUUUGAUUUCCAGACCUCAACUGAUUACUCACACUGGUGGAUCCAGGAAUUCCAAACAAAGGGGAGGGGGGGCAGGGAGGUGCUUUCACAUAUAAAAUGUCUAAUUCCAUUCCCAUCAUGAUUAGGGCUCGGAUACAAAAUUUAAUGGUUAUGGCACGUCGUCUAGAUGACCAGAAAGGGCACACUCCGAUUUAAACUGAAUACAGCUUUCUCUUUGUUUUUUUUUUUCAAUUUUCAAAAAAAAAAAAAAAAAUGGGCCAGCCGUCUGCCCUUUCCCAUUUGCUCUUUCCCUGACUCACAAAUGCAUUGACGUUCACGCUUCAUCAUAUACUUUUUUAAUAAUAAAAAAAACCAUAGCGAAUAGAAUUACAUCUCGAUUAAAAAAAAUACAUAUAGCAAAAGGUAAAUGUAAACGUAAGUUAAUAGCCAUAAAUUGAACCAGAUUUCUGACAACAGUAGUACUUCAUCAGUGGCAAGUGCUAAGAUGAAUAUUGCAGAUCAUAUUAUUGCUUGCAGAUCAAUACACGCUCGUCGCACAAGAAUCUUCCCAGAGGGAUACAUCGAUGCGUUUUUUUUAAAUAACAGAUGGUGUCUUACAAUUUAAACCCACACAAUUCUGCUCGUUAACACGCAAUUAGCUGAAUUUUAUUCAAAUGUUCUCAUUAAUUCCAGUCUUAAUUGCCUUAACAUUUGACUUGCAUCAUUCAGUUUCUUUUUAAGAAUGAUUGAAAAAGAUUACAGUAUGAGAAUCUAGAUAUAAAACAGGACAGACUGGAACUGGAAACAUUUUUUUUCACUGGCAUAUUACAUUACAGUUGAAUUGAACUUUGGCCUAUAUACUAUUUUUUCUCUGUAAGUAAAUAAUAUCUUAAGGAUGGAAACAGGUUGAAUAACGAUAAUCAUUAAAGCAAUCAUAAUAUAUCUUAUGUAGGCUUAUGUUCAUAAUGACUGAAAUAUUUAUCCAUUAUUUUGUUAGUCUUUGGAGUAUCCACACGCUAUUAAUAAUUCGUCCUCUAGUUCCUGGUGGUACUUUUUGAAAAUUAUAUGAUUACGUUUUAACGAAACCCCUGGAGUUGGGCCUUUGCAGUUCUAUACUCUUUGAACAUACAUUCAAUCAAACAUUUCCAAACAAUGCAAAUUAUCAUUGGAGCAUACAGCUGAGUUUGUGUGGUGGUUGCAUUUUUAAACAAUCCACAUACGGAACUAUUUCUUAUUUGCUUACUAGUGAUGUAUUAAGCAGGGAGGUUAGGCCUACUCACUGCGUGCGACGGCGACGCGACGGCAACGCGAUGAAGAACGCACGCGAAGACGCGGACCCAACUGAUCGUCUUUUUAAUGAGGAUCCGAUCAGAUUGCCACUGACAAUCAGAAGACGGCGUUGCGUCGUCUAUCGCUCGCCGGAAGCAAAUGUGGAUUCGUCGUGCGACGGUCGCACGACCGUACGACGCAGUGAGUAAUCGGCUUUACUGUACUCGCGAACGUUCGGGGUCUAAAACAUGUUAGCCGACCCAAGAAUUACUACAGGACAUUGAUUUUAUUUAUAUUCUUUUUGGUGAUUUUUUUUUACAAAUUCUAGGAAAAUAGAUUUUGUAUUUUGGUAAAUCUGAAUUAUUUUACGUUAACACUGGUUGCCAGUACGUUAAAACAAGUGCAAUAGUGUAUAAAUUUUAUCGACAAAGAAACAUUCACCUGUAGGUCUAUCGUUCUUCCACAUUGGGCCGAACAGUGGGCUUGCUUGUGGAAUUUGAUAAACGCAUUAGGCAUAAAGUACGGUAUUGUAAGUGCCUGCAAAAUCGAAAUCGCUGAAUUUUCGUAGUUGUGUAGUCUUGAAAAUAAUAAGGAGGUUUUGCAUGCUUACGAUAACGAAUAUCGGUUACGUCAUCACACAUUUAGUCAAUCCAUCCCCUAAUAGUAGCCUACCUGUCACAACGUAGGCUAUUCAGCCUUUACAUGAGUAAACGAUCAUAUUCAGCUCGUAUAUGUUGCCAAGAAUGUUUUAGGCACAAAUGACGAUAAUUCUGAUGACGUAUUCGUAUUUGUUAUCGUUUUCGUAAGGUUGCGAAAUGUCUCAGAGUGCAUGUUACGUAUAUUGUACAGCUUAAAGAUACAUUCACAUCGUAUCCGAACCGAAAUUCAGACCGCCUUUACGCGAUGCACUGACGGCCAGUUUCCCUGUCCUUGUCCAUGAUUCGAUUUUCUGAUCGGUUCUGUAGGCUUUCAUGCAAACAUUCGGAUACGGCGUGAAUGCACCUUAAUAAAAAAAAAUGUACAUAUUUAUAUAGAAUAUUUUAUAUUAUUUAAUCACUCAAGUCCCAACGUUUAAAGGUAUCGAAAGUCAUAUCGGCUUUCAUAGGAAAUGAAUCUUAUAAAUGCUAUAUUUUAUUAAAAGGCUAGUUUAAACAAGUACGGUAACUAAUUAAUUAUAUAUAUACAUACAUAUAUAUAUGUAUAUAUAUAUAUAUAUAUAUAUAUAUAUAUAUAUAUAUGUGUGUGUGUAUGUGUGUGUGUGUACAUAUACCGUAUAUAUAUGUACAUAUAUAUGUAUGUGUUUUCCAUUCGUUGUAUUCAACAAUGAGUACACAUUUUGAAGUAGGUUGGUAUUACUCAUUUUAUGCUUGUGUACCAUGAUUAAAGUGUAUAGCUCA